AUGCCCGAUCGGCCUAAAGUAUCGACGGAUGUUACUCCGGUCCGAGGUCCCCAGAGCGCAAAGCAGAAGCCGCUAUCGCAGGAAGAGGUGCAAGCAUUCAAGGAUGUCUUCGCUAUGUUUGACAAAGAUGGCAGUGGCACCAUCACUGCAAAUGAGCUUGGCGACAUCAUGCGUUCGCUAGGCCAGAAGCCAUCUGAUUCUGAACUCGAAGAUAUGAUCAACGAAGUUGAUGCGGAUCAGAGUGGCGCUAUUGAUUUUGAUGAAUUCCUCAAGAUGAUGUCAACCUCAGUCAAGUCCGCCGACAUCGAGCACGAAACCCGCGCCGCGUUUGCCGUCUUCGACAAGGACGGCUCGGGCUCCAUUUCCGCGGAUGAACUGCGUCAGGUCAUGAAGUCGCUUGGCGAGAAUCUCACCGAUCGCGAGAUUGACGAGAUGAUUGCCGAGGCGGACAAGGACAGGAAUGGGACGAUUGAUUGCGUGUUCAGCCGUGAUCAGCUCGUCAUCAUAUGGUUCCUCACUCCACGAAACGCAGCAGCAGGGACUCGGACCAAUGGCGACGUUGAACAACCCGCGGCCGUAAACACACCCACGCCUUCACACAUCCCACGACCAGAAAUCAGCUAUCGAUCUCUACGCGAUCUCUACGGCCUGAGCAGACGACAUUCCGACGUGGACGGGAGCUAUCCAUCGGACAGCGAGGGCGAUGAAUCAUGA